AAACACUGCAGUCUGCACAAACAUAACUUCUUCUCUCUCUUCUGAAUUUUUAAUAUUUUUCCUCAUUUUAAGAGAGCUCUCUACUCAAAUUUAAUUUAACUUUUCUUUGUUUAAUAGAAGAAGCCUUUAAUAUAAGACAUAAAAGGGACCUGAGUUUCCAGGCUUUUCAGUACUCCUUCACCUUGUCCUUCACCAACAAAUAAAGCAUUCAGCAUUUUCUCACAUUUUUGCACCACCUCACCUCUUAAUCUUAUUAUCCAAACCCAGAAAACAAAACAAAAGCCGCCUCCUAAUUCUUAUUAUCUAUUCUCUAAUUCUUGAUCAUUCUUGCCGUGUUCUGAAAGACCCUUUUUAUCAUCAAGAUUUUCUGUUAUAGCAGAAACAUCAAGGGUAGUGCCUUGCAACAAUAUUUCCCGGAGAAGAUGGACCAGGAGAGACUCUUUCUUUCUUGAAUCUCCCAUUUGUUUGCUUCCAUUCUUUAUAGUUUCUUGCAGCCCUUUUUUUCCCCUUCAUUCUCAUUGCUGCUGCAUUGGCUUUCAUUACUUUAAUUUUGCUUCAUGGCAACCAAGAUCAAAGGGAUCUAUAAGGGCAGCUUCAAGUUCAUCUCCCAAAUUUUCGUGGUGAAGGAAAGAGAGAUGGAAAUUGGGUACCCAACAGAUGUCAAGCAUGUGGCACAUAUUGGGUGGGAUGGCCCUUCUGGUAGUGCACCCAGUUGGAUGAAUGAUUUCAAGACACCUCCUGAUUUCUCAUCAACAACACUUGCAAAUACAAGAGAUUCCGAUUCAAUUGCUAACUUCUCCCCAUGGUCCUCUCAAGAUUUCGAUCAGUCUAUUGGAAGUCAACCAAUGUCCACGAAAUCGUUCAGCAACAUUGUACCAUCAUCAGAUCCUCCAAGUAGCAUUCCAAAGAAAUCUAAAAGGAAAAAGAAGUCAAGUUCCUCCCCGACAUUCUUAUCAUCAUCCUCUUCAAGAUCUUCUCUAGCAGCAAUGAAGUCUAAAGCUACAUACCGUGAACUGGAGUCCACAUCAAACUUACAAGUCUAGAAAAUGGUGUAAAAGAAUAUGAACAUUGGUCAGAAAAAGACCACAAAUGUGCCCAGUAAGACGUUCCCCGUUAUGUACUCAGGAUUCCAUGGGAACAACAAGCAUCAGGAGCCUAGCUAGAUAUGUAGGAAAUUUGAGCAAAACUUUUGUAAAUUAAUUAUAUGGAUGGAUCGUGGAAGAUAAAGAAACCAAGUGUACGUGGGAAAAUGUCUGAAGCAAAUUCAUUGAUUGUUCAAUCGGCCACAUUGGCAUAGUGAGACGCAAUUUUCUUUUUAGUUCUAAUUUUAAUUUCCAUAUUUGUAACAGAGGCAAUGAAAUGUGGAUUAUUCUUAAUUUGGUAAUCGAAUUCUUUUGCUAAUUCAAUCU